AAUCUACAGGAAGGAAAAGUGUACAGGAUUAGAGUAAUGGUAUUCAACAAAAGUGGGAAUGGCCUUCCAGGAGAAGCUGAAGAAAUUAUGAUGGAAGAGGAGGUACCGAAGGUUGCUCCGCUUGUAAGUGUGGAAGACACGACAUCCCCGCAUUCGUUUGCAGUUUCAUGGAAACCUUUACCAGAGGAGCAUGUCAUGGGCAGACUACUUGGCUACCGUAUCACCUAUAAAGCAAUAAAAGUGGCUGAUGAAAGAGUAGAUAGCGAAGAGAUGGCCACCAUGACUGUUGAUAGUCCAGACGUUCUUCACGCAAAUAUAACUGGACUAAAAAGUUACUCCUCUUACGUUGUUCAAGUAGCUGGCUUUACAUCCAAGGGGAAUGGCUUAUCAUCAGUCAAGGUGACGGGAGAUACCUGUCGUUGCCCAGCAGUAUUCAACACCAACUGGGCGGAACUUCCUCCGUACGUUACCAAAUCAGUCCACAGUCAGUCACCGCAAGGAAUUAUUGGCACUUUCGUGAAAGAAAUGCUGUUGGAGUCCUGUGGUGUAUGUAAAGCUCAUGGACACACGUUUCUGAAUUUUAAGACUAACGGCAAAGGAGGCGCAGCCCAUAAGACCACUUUGAAUGAAGUUGUCUCGGACGUUAACAAUAAGACAGCGAUAAGCUUUCCUGUCACAGGGGCCAUGGAUGAUGACAAAUUUCAAAGGUAUUAUGUAUUUGUUCCAAUGGUAGAGUCACCAGGAAUCGCCUUCAUCACAGUUGGCCAGAAGGAUGGAAGUAAAAACAUAGUCAUAUCGACACUGUUGAAGUAUUUGCCGCUACACCUGUUUUGUUUAAUGAUGGCUUUCGUGGCUGGUACCAUCAUCUGGGCCCUGGAAACAACCCGGGAUGACGGUUUCGCCCACUCAUUCAUCAAAGGGGCUUUUGAAGGAUUUUGGUUUUCCUUUACUUCCAUGACAACUGUCGGUUACGGAGAUAAAGUGCUUGUGGGGUUCUGGUCAAGGCUAUUCGCGGUGGCCUGGAUUUUAACUGGCCUGGUUGUGGCUUCUGUACUUACAGGAGCACUAGCUGCCUCGCUGACAUUCUACACGAUAGAGAAAGAUGUAAUGUUGUACGGCUCAAAGGUGACGGCUCUAACUGAUUCACCGGCCCAUAGACUUGGCGUCAGAAGAAAUGCUCUCAUCAGGCCACGAGACACUCUACAGGAAGCAUAUAAAUCUCUUGGGCAGGGUGAAGUCAAUGGACUGUUGUUAGAUGCCUAUAUCGCCGGAAGUCACUCCAUCAAGGAUCUCUUUGACCAGCAACUACGGGUCAAGGAAGUUAUAAAGCUGCCAAAAGGGUUUGGAGUUGUCUUAUCAGGAGAGGCCAUGAGGCUGAAAAAGAGAGUUCGUGACUACAUCAGAAAUAAGGCUGGACUUAUCACCAAAAUGAUCGAGAACAGUACUACUCCAUUACAGCAACCAGAAAAAAGUGAGGCCGAGGAACGGACUACAAAGCUGUUUUCUGUUGAAUCCCUGUUAUUUCAUGAGGUACUUUUUGCGCUGUUGCAAGCACUUGGGGCUGCUGUCCUCUGUGGCCUCGUUUGGGAAGCCAUCCAUAAACUUCGCGCUCGAAGAAAAAAUGCACUUCCAGAAGGGCAUGGCCGUGCAAGACUGAUGGCACAAAGAAAUGAGAUGCUGAAGACAGUGCAAAAUUUUCAUGACAGUUUCCGACAACUUUACUUGGAUUUAACAUAUAAAAGUGUUCAGGAACUUCGAAAUUUUGAAGAAGAACGAAACCGACGAAAACAGAGUCCGAAAAAUACUUGAACGCGAUGGAAAAUCGACUACAUUAAUACAGAACUCUUUCAUACUUUGGAUUAAAAUUCUAUACUUAAGAAUUUGUGUAUGUUGAGUCAUGACUAAUAAGAACUCGAGCUGAAUAUUGAAUGACAAGUUUAUAAUUCUCCCUGCUGAAUUAAAAUAUUUAUUGAAGAGACAUCUUAGUGGGACUUUGUGAUCGAUGUUUGCCUUAGUUUAAAGCCAUGAUUGGUGCUUCGAUUUAACUUAGAAUUCAUUGUUUUUUUUCGGUUUAAGAAUAACUGGUGGGUAUUCACUCAAACUAAAAGUAAAAGUUGUCCUUUCAGACAAAGACAAUAUGUUCCUUUCCCACGGUUGACAAAAACAU